AUGAGCGAAAUCCAUAAGCCAGUAAUGUUAAAUGAGGUAGUAGAAUACCUGAAAAUAAAAGAAAAUGGAAUUUAUGUUGACUGCACUUUUGGUGCUGGAGGACACUCUCGAGCCAUAUUAGAAAAGUUGAAAAAUGAAAGCCAUUUAGAAAGUCAAGGUAUUAAAGAGAUUGACGGGUUUUUAUUUGAUUUAGGCCUCUCAUCCAGCCAAUUAUCCGCAGAAGAAAGAGGAUUCAGUUAUCGACUAAAUUCUCCACUUGACAUGAGAAUGAAUCAAGAAAACAAGUUACGAGCCGAGGAAAUUAUUAAUAAUUAUCCUCAAGAAAAAUUAGCCGAUAUUUUUUACUACUAUGGAGAAGAAAGAAAAGCUCGCACCAUUGCUCGGAAAAUCUGUUACUGGCGGCAAAAGGAAAAAAUUACCAGUAUUCAACAAUUGGUAGGAAUAAUUGCUUCUUGCUUUCCUAAAAAAAGAAACAAACAUCCUGCUCGCAAAGCAUUCCAAGCACUAAGAAUAUAUGUUAAUAAGGAAUUGGAAAACCUCUCCCGAGUCCUAGAAAUUGCUACCAAACAUCUUGCUCUAAAAGGAAGAAUUAUUGUCAUUAGUUAUCAUUCUCUUGAAGACAGAAUUGCCAAGCAAAUAUUUAAAAAAUAUAAUUCGCUUGGUGGCUUUCAACUAGUUAAUAAAAAACCUUUGGUUCCGAACCGAAAAGAAAUAGAAAAAAAUUACCGAGCCCAUAGUGCUAAAAUGAGAAUUUUGGAAAGACAACUCCAAAAACUCCAAGAACAAGUAGAGUCAGCUAGCAAAGAACAAAUAAGAAACACAUUGGCCUCUCUUGGUCAAAAACCUUCCGAAGAACAGAUAAACAGGAUUAUUAGCAUGACUGAAAUUAAUCUAUUUCUAAGUUGCGGAAGUUGUUCUAAAAAACAUCGAAAUUAUCGAACUUCUAAGGCUAAAAAACCGCAAGGUGGUAAACUAAGUUUAAAGAAGUAUUGCAAAUUUUGUCGAAAAACCCAACUUCAUAAGGAAGAAAUUUCCAAAUAA